CGGGCGCUUUCCUGGAACAGAAGUGGGUAGGGCCCAACUGAAAAGCAAGCCUGGCACCAGAAGGGGGACAUUCCGGAACUAGAUAUGAGGAGACUUUUCUGCCUGAAACUCCCCGGACCCAAUUAGAUGUUGUACCCAGGCUGGUUACCCUGGUAACAGGCGUCGCGGUUUGUCAAGGAGCUGAGAGAAGAGGCUUAAGAAAAUUAUUCACCACUCAUCAGUCAUGGAGACAUCCUCAAAGGGUCUGCUCACCCAAGUUACUCAAUUUUGGAACCUCCUAGAUGAUCUAGCUGAAAGUGACCCUGAGGGCUAUGAGAAGUUUAUUCAACAGCAGCUGAAAGAAGGGAAACAGCUCUGUGCUGCCCCAGAACCACAGCUUUGCCUACAGACCAGGAUUCUGAAACCAAAAGAAAAAAUACUUUUUAUCAACCUGUGUCAGUGGACAAGGAUCCCAGCUUCCCAGUCAGCCACUCAUCCAGUACCUCUAACUGUUGGCAAACCAGAAGAUACAACUGAGACAUCAGAUGCUUACACGGUCAUUGAUGUUGCCUACAAUCCUGAUGUUCUUCAGGCAGCAGAAAAGAACCAAGUGAAAAAAAAUCAGUUAAUUCAGAUGGCCAUGAAAUGCAUUGAGGAGCAAUUCCAGUUCACCCUCUCACACUCUUACCAUAUUACCAAAUUUAGAAUAAAAGGAAGCAUUCAAAGAAUGAAACAAAAUCUGAUGGGAAUCCAAACUGAUUCCAUAGAUUUAAGAGAAAAAAUGAGAAGGGAACUAACUCUUGGACAGAUACGAAGCAGUACUAUGAGCAAUCCCGAUCAUUUUCCUCAGCUGUUACUCCCAAAAGACCAAGUUUCAGGCAAAGCAGUGUGUCUGAUAGAAGAGAUUUCCAGUACUGAAAUCCAGGUGGAGAUAAAGAUACCAGCCUAUGAACUAAAAAUUGUGCAUGAUCACAAUGAGAAACCUCUGAAAACUGAGUUGAAAGUUGAAUUACCUGGUAUUAAUUCUGUCUCUCUCUGUGACCUUAGUGUUUCUGAGGGAACAACAGAACCACAAACAUUAGCAAAAGAUGAAUUAUCUUUGAAGUUUUGAAUGUUUGAACCAGACUUGGGUCAUAUUGAUGAUGGUCCCUUGUGAUAAGCUUGUUUCUUUUGGAUAAUUUUCAACCUAAAAUUACUAAUUACUGAAAAAUCAGAUUAAUGUAUUGUUUUCAUAAUAAUACAGCAAGGUAAAAGGCUGUGUGGAAUAUA